UCACCCAAUCCAAUCCAAACAAAGUCUAAGAACUGCUGGCCAAAUUUUUCUCAAAACGGCGCCGUUUAGCUCAUAGGGUUCCAGAGAAAGACACUCCUCCUUUCCUCGCUUCUGCGUGCGCCACCACCACGAUCCGCCGGCGAGCUACUCCACCCCAUCCCUCUCUCCGAUCCGGCGAAGUUUCCUUCCACUCUCUCAGCCUCUCCGUCAACGCCUUCUUCUUCCCCGCAAGCUCCAUACAACAGAAGAAUGAGGCCUACGCCGAUGCUUAGGGCGAUUAGCCAGCAGUUUCUCGGAAUUUUUGGCGACACGGCGAAUGCUGUUGCUAAGAAACCGCCACCGCCUCCUCCCGCGCGCAAGCCGGCGUUUAUAGAUGCGUUCCUCUACAAGAUGAAAAAGAACAAGGAUCUUCUGACGAACAAGACUAUUUGGUCGCGGAGAUCCACUAUCUUGCCGGAGUUUGUUGAUACCACUGUCAAGAUUUACAAUGGGAAAACCACGGUUCGUUGUAAGAUUACGGAGGGGAAAGUGGGUCAUAAGUUUGGAGAGUUUGCUCUCACCAGGAAACGCAAAGUUAAAGAACACUCCAACACCAAGCAAGUUAAGCAGCUUAAGAAAAAGAAGUGAUUGUUUUUAAUCAACCUUUUGUGGAUAUUUUCUUUUCUGCUGUUGUUUACAUCAAUGUGGUUCUUUCUUAGACUCUCUAGAAUAGAUUGCUGUUGAAGGCAUGACAUGUUUUUUUGGGAUAAAGAGUAUGGCUUCUGUUCUAUUCUAUCUUAAGCAUUUAACUUCAGUUCCGGAAAUAAGGAUAUGAUGAAUUUUGAUUAUGUUUUCUGCUCAA